GACCACAGCUAGAGCCAGAGCGAAGGUGUGCAGGGUCUGUAUCUGGCUGCAAGGCAGGGGUCAGAGGUGAAACUCAUCCCACAGCCAGGCUGGCCUGCGAACAAGAUUGGGCCAGUUGUGAGUUUGUGGACAUUUAACUGAAACCCAUUUGGCUGAACACAAAUGAGAAGAAACCUUAAAGAAACAUAGAAUCUGCAGUCAUCUGUAUGUGUAAUAUGGAAUGUUCUCAACCUAGAGAUAGGUGAAUGGGUGACUCCAUUGACAAGGAGUGAUUAUCUGUUAGAGCCCCUGAGUCAAGACAAGAAUUUUUAUACCUUUCUGGUGAUUCAGAAACAAGUCUGUGUAGAGCAAGAAGCAAAGAAAGAAAGUUUGAAUCUCUUCAUUAAAUUAACUAUAUAAGAUACUUGACUUCUGGGAACAAAAGUACAGAGAAGUAAUAAAACUGUUUUUUUGGCAUCAUUGGACAUUCGGCAUCUCAAGGAGCGUGCUUUGUGAAGCUUCCCGAGCUAAGAUUUGAAAACUUCAUUGGUGCUCAUUUAUACCGUGGACUAUAAGCAUGAGUGAAUUCUGGUUAUGUUUCAACUGCUGUAUUGCAGAACAGCCUCAGCCUAAAAGGCGCCGGCGGAUUGACCGGAGUAUGAUUGGAGAGCCAACAAAUUUUGUGCACACAGCUCAUGUAGGAUCGGGAGACCUGUUCAGUGGAAUGAAUUCAGUUAGCUCCAUCCAGAACCAGAUGCAGUCCAAGGGGGGCUAUGGGGGCAGCAUGGCUGCCAGCGCGCAGAUGCAGCUCGUGGACACGAAGGCUGGAUAGCCCCACGUCCCCUCUCCCGUCAUUGUGAAUUUGUUUUCUCUUUUUUCUCUUUUCACUCUUCUUUAAUUUUGUUGUUGUUGUGAUUCCUUUUCAAAAACACAAACAAGUGUGAUGGCAUCUUGUUCACCCUGUUGUGAUCCCUCCAGUGAGACGUUCUUGUUCUGCUCUGAAGAAGCUCUUGUCAGAUGAACCCUGCAUUUCCUUCAGCCGGCAUGCAUGCCUUUGGACUCACGGACUUUGGAUUGUAGCUUAAUUUCUACCAGUAUGGAUCUGAUCUUAGCAUGAUCUUUUUUGUGAAUGCUAGCACUGUUCUGCAUUUUUUUUUUUUUUUUUUUUU